AUGCCCCAGAGUCUGACGCCAGCUGUUAUCCUACAACAUGGUGAUGAUGAGGAUGAUAACCAAUGGAAAGGCUUGGAGGCCUCUAACCCAGGCUGUGAAGCUGAGACGGAUCUUAUCUCCUGUCCAGGAUACCCAGAAGAAUUAUUUCCGUUAUUAUAUGAGAUUUCCGUUACUGAAAGGGAGCUCCCACCGGACGAAGCCGAUAAAAGCCAUCAAACCCAACCAUUUGUCAUUGAAAAAUCACAUAUUGUCAUUCACUCUGCCUUGCCUGUUCGGCCUAAGCUGUCCAGCUCGUUUGUUGAAUGCCUACCUCAUAUUUAG